GUAACAGUGAUUUCAGUGAGUUCACUCCACACAACACACAACACAAAAAUAUACGUUCGGAUUAUCUACGGUGAACGUGUUUACAAAAUAACACGUUCAUAUGUUUCCUAAUGUACGUACCUCACGUUUACACAAGAAUAUAAUCUUGAAUCCCAAUGAUUAUGGAUAGCGUGACGCGCAAAUUGGAAUCGAACAAGCGAAUUCCCAGUUCGUCGGAUCCAAAUGUGAACAUUGUUAUGUACCUUUUACUAUUUGCGAACACACGAGAUAAUAGUGAGACUGAAAAGUUUGCCAAGAGAGCUAUUGAAUCAUUGGUAAAAAAACUACGGAAAAAAACAGAGGAACUAGAUGCUUUAAUACGAGCUGUAUCAACUCGUGGCAAAGAACCGAGUAAAUGUGUAACAAUCCCGCGAACUCUAGAUGGAAGACUUCAGGUUUGUGAAAGAAAGGGGUUUCCUCAUGUCAUAUACACAAGACUAUGGAGAUGGCCGGAUAUCCAGAAAAUGGAAUUAAGGCAUAAUGAUUCAUGCCUUUAUGGUUUUGACUUGAAAUGCGAAACUGUAUGUGUGAAUCCAUAUCAUUACGAAAGAAUUGGUACAAUACAUACAUUGGCAAAUGAUGUUUCUACACAAUCAUUUGCCAGUCCAUUGGUUCAUCCGGUUUCAUAUCAAGAAGAAACUCCAAGUAUGUUGUAUGAGCAACUUGCUUUUGCAAAAAAUGCUGUACCAGUCACAAUACCAACAGCAAUUCCAACUGCCGAUGAUCCUUGCCCAUUGAUUGUACAAACAUUGCUACAGUAUGUUCAUUAUAAAUGCCAUAGUCCAGAGUUGGAAAUAUUUGCCAGAAAGGCAACUGAAUCGAUUGUUAAGAAGUUAAAGAAGAGUCCAAAUGAACUUGAAUCUUUAAUAAUUGCAAUUACAUCACAAGGCAAGCAGCUGUCUAGAUGUGUUACACUACAACGCACAAUGGAUGGCAGAUUGCAAGUUGGUGAGAAAAAGGAUUUUCCGCAUGUGAUUUACACAAGACUUUGGAGAUUUCCAGAUGUACAUAAAAUGGAACUGAAACAUGUAGAGUAUUGUCGUUAUGGUUAUGAUUUGAAAAACAACAAAGUUUGUGUCAAUCCUUACCAUUAUGAACGAGUUCAGCCACCAGACUGGUUUCGAAGUUCUGUCUGUCCUGUUCCUGGAAAUCCAACAACUGCUCUUGGAAUUCUGAUGAGUCAUCAGUUUCCCACACUUGAUUCAAUUCCAUUCUCCCUCAGCCCAUCAACACACGGACUACAGUACAACCAUCUUCAUAAUUCUCGCAGUUUUAUUCCAUCAAACGUUCUUGAAGCUGGUCCGCCUGUUCUUCCAUAUCUACCACAGAAGCAUUAUGAUAACAUAUCUCAUAAAAAGUCACCAGCACGAAAUGAUUUGCUUCGCGCUUCUCCUGGAACACGAGAUGUUUCCUCCAGUGAUAGUGAUCGUGACAAUACUUCUGAGGCGAAACCAAGUGCCAGUCGGGAAGUAGAUAAUCAAAGUUCACGUCAUGAUUCAGAAAAGAAAACGUCUGAUUUACAAAAAACAAGCGAGUCUCAAUCGAGUGUUACCUGUUGUUUGUGCAAUAACUCUGGUCGAAGUGUGUUUGGACAAGGGAAGAUCAUCCAGUUUGCUCGUUUCUAUGAGGAUCGUUAUCCUUCAGGGGAACAACGAAGGCGUAAUCAGCUUUUCAGUAAUGAUCGAUUGUUGAAUGACACUAGAUCAGGAUACCCGAUGCUCAAGAGAUCAGCAAGUCAUGAUAAUGUUCAUGCCAAUGUCAGGGAUGAUCUUGAACGUGGUCAUAAACGCCGCCGGACAAACAGUUUGGGAGAGACUGGUGAACAUUGUUUACCAGAGAGCGACGAUACACAAUGUCAAUUUGGUUAUGACAAGAAGAAAACUCUGUCAGAUAUUUGUGAUGCUCGUGGUGACUUAUGGGUGCAUGAAAAAUGUGCUACAUGGACAGCGGCAACCACCAAUACUGAUGAGAAGCUCUCCGUCACAAGCCUCGUUGCCAAGGCGAUAACUACGGCUUGUACUUGGUGUAAGCAUUAUGGUGCCAGUGUUUGUUGUGCUGUUCCUCAUUGUAAGAAUGUGUUUCAUUUGCCAUGCGCAGUAGCAGCUGGAGUUUAUCAGAAUGUACGAAGCUUGAAGGCUUACUGCUUGGAUCACCCACAAGUCUUGCAGAACAUAGCAUUUUGCAGUACUUGUAACUGUCCUGGUGAGGUGGGCAAUAUUUUGUUCUGUAUAAACUGUGGUUUCCAGGCACACGGGCAGUGUGUUAGUCCUUCAACCACAGUCACACCUGCUGUAAGACUGGGCUGGGAGUGCAGACGAUGCAAAAGAUGCCAGGUUUGCAGGCAUUUGAUUGAAGUGAAGAGAUCAUUAACAUGUCGAAGUUGUGACCGAGGCUACCAUCUUUCGUGUAUCGAGGAAGGGAAAAGUCUACACAUUGAUCAGUUUGCUGCUGUCUGGCAAUGCAAGAAAUGUCGACGAUGUCAAAGUUGCGGGAAGCAUAUUCCUAAUGCCCAGAUGCCGGUUAAAGGAAGCGAAGACGUGCGAUGUGAUGAAUGUCAGACGUUAAGAAGUAGAGGUCGUUGUCCGUUGUGUAAUAAAGGUUUUUGUCCCCCUUCGUCUACGAAUGUUGCCGUUCAAUGUGAUACUUGUAAAAAAUGGUUACACAUGACAUGUGCAGAAGUUGAUCAGGAUACAUACAACAGAGUUCAAAAUGACGAUGAGUUGAUCUUCAUUUGUGAGUCGUGUAAUCAAGAGGAAUUAUCUUCUACCGCUAGUCAGGGAAACGAUGACGAAGAGAAAGACGAGCAACAAGACACCGAUGCUGAGAUGAACUCUGGAGAUUCUAGCGUUGACAGUUCUGAGCAAGUUUCAAUUUUCAAGGAAUUGCGUUCAAAACAAAUCGCUAUUCAAGAAGAAGUAACCCAAGCAACAACCAGUUGGUCAACUAGUGAACCAUUACAAUGGUCGCGGCUUCGGUUAGCUUAUUCAUUUGAAUAUUACUACACAAAACAUCAAGUAGGAGCCAUGUUGAAGAUGAAUUCACGUGCUCCUUCACGUGCGUCAGAGACGAUCUCUUCCCCCCCGUUACCAAGCUCUGCUGAAUCGUCCGGAUAGCUUCCGAAAGUUCUUUGCUGUUUUACAAACGGUUUUUAUGUUCGGUAAGUACACAACCCAGAUUAUUCAUCCCCAACACCUGCCCGUACGUAAAGAUGAAACUAGAAAAUACCAUUGGGGUGUUGUGAAAAAAAAUUUACACUUUAUGCUGUGCCAUCAGUACCAUGAAGAAUGCAUUUAAUUAAUGACAUGAAUAUUCAAAUCUUGUUUCAUAAACCUGGAGCCGGAAAACGUGUUCAUGGUUUUACUCAGAAUAAUUAUACUGCCUUUGCUAUCGCGCUUUUUAAAGGUUUCUAUUCAUGAGGUCUAUUUUGUAUUUGAAGUUCCAGUGAUAAAAUCCUUCUUCCACGGAGUAAAAAAACAGAAAAGCAUCUCCGUUGUGCAGGCAGGUAGUUGUCAAAGUUUCGCUUGAUUGUGAAGUAGUUUCAGGACUGGAACUGUCAUAUAACCCACAAUAACGGUCACUCAUAAUAUUUUAGACAGCAUUUCUAUUCUAAAUCUCGACAUCAUCGGUAGGAAAAAACAUUUGGAGUCUAUUUAGAAACCUGCAGUCUUUAUAUUCAAUAGUAAUUUAACGUUCAACACAACACGUGCAAUGCCAUGUUUCCUCAAAUGCCCCAAAUUAAGGCUCUCGUUUGCAAGGCUGAUAUUACCUCGAAUACGUCAUUUAGGAAUUUUAUUGUUGACAAAUCCGAAUGUAGAUUAAGGAGUACAGUAAGAUAAUGUACAUAAUGUAGACAUAAGGUAAUUAUAGGAAUUAGUAAAUUUUCAAAAUUAUUUAGAAGUAAUCAAUAUUGUAUAUAGUACUAAGUAGAUGAAGUUACGCCGUUCAUAAUAUUUUAAAAAUAGGUCGUUUAUUAAGUCAAAUCAUGCAGAUAGCUUUUCCUGUUCGAUGGUUUUGCAUUUCAAAUCUCAUCGGACAUGGGUACAAUACGUAUAUUACAUGUUAAAUAUUCCACCUAUUACUUAACGCUUUGAUCACUCUGCAGCGUAAGAUAAGGAAAAAUCUUCAACAGAAAAUGAAAAUUCGACUUUCAAAGCUAGUAUGUGAAUUUUUACGCUUAAAACUGUACUAUGAAAGUUUUGAAACUGAGCCCAACUAGUUUUAGUUCAUCACAAAAGUAUUCCUUAUCUCAUGCCAAGGUGGGAAUAGUUGUACAGUAAUUUUUACAACUGAGCGUGGAGUUUGUCUUUGUCAACGACGUUAGUCUUGGCAAGGGUGUUGCGAAGAGCGUGGUAUAAGCCCCGUUUACGUAACUGCCCUCAAUUUAUUGGUACGGCACUGUCGUAUAUGGUACCUGUAUCCAAUGUUACUGGUGCGCAAAACCAAAAUAAAAUUGGCGAGGUUAUCCAUUUUAACCGUGCUGUGACAAUAUAUAAAUUGAGUGUAAUGGAAACGCGGCUUUGGUACAUGCAUGAUACGACAAACUUUUUCAAUGGAAGGCGAACGGUUCUUUUGUUGUUGUUUUUUUCGAUAAAGCAAAUCUUAUCGAGAUUAUUCAUAGAUCGCGGCUCGAUGCGCACUCCUUGUCAUAAGUUCUUUCGUCAAAGCGGCAGAGAAAAACUUCCCGCCAUUAUUAAUUCAUCUACACUUUGAUGAUCCAAUGUCUAUUACACAUGAUUUUCCGUAUUAUAAGAAAUCAACUGCAGAAACAACUACAUAAUGCAAAAGUUGUUUCAGGUAGUUUUUUACUUCUUUACAAGUAGUUGGAUAUUUUUACAACCACAAUUGCAUAUAUAUAUAGGAUAUAAAGGUAUAUAUGCAGUGUAUCUAAUCUAAUAAUGCAUGUAGUGAAUGGAUAUCGUUUUCUCCCUAAUAUUGGUAUUCUUUGCAAUCCAUAUUGACGGUGAUGACGGUCAUUUGCUACCUCUGCCUAUUAUUAACCAGUUUUUUACCAGCGAUUUUUUGCGGCAAGAUAUUUUGCUUUUGUCAUAGAACUGCACAUCAGGAACGAAUGCUGCCUGAUGCUCAAUGACAAAAAAUACGUUUUCUGCGCAAAAAUGGAUAUAAAAUCGGCUUUUGUCCACCUACUUCUGACAUUCUUGCCUCAAAUUGUCGCCGUUCGUGGCAGUUUCGUGCAAAAUACACCAGUUUCAGAUAUGAUGAAUGUAUGUUUGAAUAAGUUUCCUAUUUUGUGAAAACAGUAGAUAUUAAAAUAAAGAAGUUCUGUCCACUGUAGUACUUUUCAUUGAAU